AUGGCUUUUGACCAUCAAGAAGACAAAAAACCUGACGAAGUAGAUAAAGAGGUAGACACCCCAGAUGCAGAGUCUGACAACAAACAAGAAGAAGAAGAACCCGAAGCACAACAACAACAAGAAGCUGAAGCCCAGGAAACAGUCACACAGGUUGGCAACCACUCACAGAUCGGUGAUGAGCACUCAGGUAAUGUUGUGACCCAUGCCUGGGAGAAUGGUCCCUACCUGCUGGUGGUGAGGAUCCUGCCAGUCAAUACAGAAGGUGUGGAGGACUAUCAAUUGACUGUUGGUGUCUCCGAGAGAAAAGGCACCAGUUACCUUUCUGCUACAGACUGGGCACUGCUUCCUUUCUAUGGUGUGAUGUGUGGAGUGUACGUGCUGUACGGGGUGAUCUGGCUGCUCCUGCUGGCCUGCCAGUGGAGGGACCUGCUGCGGAUCCAGUUCUGGGUGGGAGGAGUCAUCAUCCUGGGCAUGCUGGAGAAGGCUGUGUUCUAUGCUGAGUACCAGCAUGUCAACAGCACUGGGGUAUCAGUGCGAGGGGCAGUGGUGUUUGCUGAGCUGGUGUCAUGUCUGAAGAGAACCCUGGCCAGGAUGCUGGUCAUCAUUGUCUGCCUGGGGUAUGGAAUCGUCAAGCCCCGUCUUGGCCCGAUGCUCCACCGUGUGUUGGGUGUCGGUGCCCUGUACUUCAUCCUGGGAUCUGUGGAGGGCUGUCUCCGCUCCAUCAGACCCAAACAGGACCCGACCAACCAGGCGCUACUGGCGUCCAUCCCGCUGGCCGUGCUGGACUCGGCCAUCUGCUGGUGGAUCUUCAGCAGCCUGGUGCAGACCACCCGCACCCUGCGCCUCCGCCGCAACCUGGUCAAACUGUCCCUCUACAGACACUUCACCAACACUCUCAUCUUCGCUGUGCUAGCUUCCAUCGGCUUCAUGAUUUGGUCCUUUAAGACAAUCAGAUUCACACAGUGCCUGUCUGACUGGUCAGAGUUGUGGGUGGAUGAGGCUUACUGGCACCUCCUGUUCUCGGUCAUCCUGAUGGUCAUCAUGGUCCUGUGGAGGCCUACAGCCAACAACCAGCGCUAUGCCUUCUCUCCACUGACUGAGGAACAGGAUGUGGAAGCUGAGGAACCCAUGCUCAACGAUGCUUUUGAGGGAAUGAAGAUGCGCGGCCUUAGUGGGAAAAACAACGCCAACGGCAACUCCCCGGCCAUGAACGAUACAGACAUGAAGGCAGAGGAGGAUUUGAAAUGGAUAGAAGAAAACAUUCCUUCUUCAGUCGCUGAUACAGCCUUGCCAAGUCUUUUAGACUCUGAUGAAGAAAUCAUGACCACCCGGUUUGAGAUGAACAAGAUGGAAUAAUGAGGGAGACAGAACUCCUGUUUCGACAGAAAUUAGGAGUUCUGGUCUUCACUUCUGCUCAAGUGGGAUGAGGAAACUGUCAUUCCAGGCCGCUUCGUGAAGAAUAGACAUGCUGGAAAGUGGGCAAUAUUAUUUCUGGAGUACUUAUAAGUUGUGUAUAUAAGACCAAUGAAAUGAUAAAUCGAAUAUAUCCUGCAUUUUUUUGUGCUGCUUUAAUUGUAGUUUGUUUAGAAAUUGUAUAAAAGUCAAAUACAGCCAGUCAAACAUGUACAUUGUAUAUAUGGUAUUAACGGUUAAUGGGGUAAAUAUUGCUCUGCUGACAAACUGUAACAUGUCCAUGUGCAGAGAUUAGAUGUUCUUUAUAUGUUGUUAUGAAACAAAACUAAAGGCUACUUGAAUAGUGUUAAGUAGUAAGGAGAUAUAUUUGUCAGUAUACUGGUAAGAAACAUAUCUUAAGUUGAUGUGGCAGCACUUUGCACAUGCACACAUUUCCCACUGUUUUAUUUGUGUUUGUGGCACACUGGGCUGUAUUGAAUCACUUGUUUAUUUGUUUGUUAAUAAUUAGAUGUUGGUUGCUAAGAUAAUUGAUUUUGGUUGGUGUAUAGAAUGACAAGUGAAGAUCACAUGUACAUGUAUGUAAGCUGCCUGUAUAAGUCAGCAGUUGUAUUGAGAUUGGUACUAAUGGAUUGUGGUGACCUUCUGAGUCCUGACACAGGAAUAAUCCUAAAAAAAAAAACAACUUUAAGGUUUAACACAUGUGUUAGAGUAACAGUUUGUAUGUAUACAGCCAUUUUAGCUUUAUCUAUUAUUAUAAUGUGAUAGAUGUAAGAAUCAAUGUUGCUUAAAACAUGGUUGUACUUUAAUAUUCCAUUUCAAAUACAUCUGCCAAAGAAACAAGAAAACUACUGAAUUUGUUAAGGCUUAAGAUAUAAACCCAGGUAUGAUAAACUUUAGAACUGGACUUUCCUAAUGUAUUAAGUGAAGGUAAUAGGAGUUAAUAUUACUCAGUCUGGUGAUUUCAUCAUAGGGUCUUGAAGGAAACCUCUUACAAAAUGAUAAGAUCUUUGUAUAAGGUAAAGUAUUGGUGUGUAACUACCCUUGUAAAUACUGUACAAUAGUCUUGUCAACAGUAUGGAAGGACAACUUGUGCAAAAUGAAGUGCUAUAAGGUUAGUUUUUGUCUCAAUGUUAUGGUGGUGAAUUUGGAUAAAGACGUAUCCUGUC